AUGAAAAUGCGGUUUCAAAAAGCAAAGGGGUUCGGAAAAUAGCAACAUAUAGACGCAUUACCACGUAACUCAUCUCUUUUAAAAUGCGUAUUUGUCUUUCUACCCAAAAAGUUCUAAAAUAGUCCCAUUUAUUAAUUAAAAUGCAGGCAAACAUUUCAUUCUGCAAACCCAUUUAAUACAUUUUGUUUUGUGAUACCUGUGUUGUUUUCAGAAAUCCAUACUCUUGCACAAUUUAAUGUUAAUGUUAGCGACCACCCACAGAAACUGCAGUACACUUUUUUGCACAGUAGAUGUCCCCGGCGUUAAGUUUUGUUCUUCGGUUUCAAUAAUUUCAUAUUUGAUACCUGUAAAGUAUUUUGGGAGGCCAAUUAAAAUAUUUAUGAUGACUUUCUUUUUUAUUUGUUGCUGUUUACUUAACGACCUUGACACUUAUUUAGACAUGAAAUGGUUAAAAUGAUCUUGGCAUAUUUUGUGAAUGGAGCACUUUGUGACUAAAGAAUGACGUAACUGGACUGCCAUAUACCUUUUCGUGUGCCAGAAGUAAGAGGUGGCCUCUGAUUGGCUGGCUGAUGAAGCUGUGCUUUGUGGUUGGUGGAUGACAGAUAAUUAAACUCCUACACAGUCAAUACACAAACCCUAGUGGUAGAUAUAUAGGGUAGGGCUCUGUAGCUGUGUGCAGCAGUAUCAAGAGUUGGGUGUACAAGUGGAAAGACAUCUACUUAUCCUCUUAAUUUUGCAGAAAGGUCUAAUAUUCAAGGAAACCAUGGUUGUGUUGAAGAUUUCGGCUUUCCUCGCUGCCUAUGCCCUGGUCAUUUGUCACAUGUACUGCUCACAUGCCGCCCCCGUCAGACCCGGCUUGGAGUCUGUGACAGACCAAGUUACACUGUCAAAUUAUGAAGCUCAGAGGUUGCUCAAUGCCAUAAUGAAAGAGUUCUUGGAAAUGACGAUGGAAGAUUUUGACCAACAGGAGAACGACGGAAAUAGCCCGGACAGAGGCAUGUCCAAGCGCUGCUCCAACCUUAGUACGUGUGUGCUGGGCAAGCUGUCUCAGGAGCUGCACAAGCUGCAGGCCGUCCCGCGCACGGACGUGGGAGCGGGCACGCCCGGCAGGAAGCGGAGCCUCUCCGGGAGCGACAGGGAGCCGCACACUGACAACUAGGCAGCUCUGCUCCUCCCUCUGCCGCCCCGUCUUCCUGCUCCUUCGUUUUGAUUUAAUCUGUGAUGCAUGUGGAUCUUGUCUGCUUGACUGACACCCUCGAAACAGGACUAAAGACCCUUCAAAUAUUCCUAAUGUGAUGAUACUUCCCUAUUUCGACAGAGAACGAUGUGCAAAAAGAAUAAUGAGACAAUCAAAAUCAACCAAACGUUAAUGAAUUUAGUUACACUGGUUUACUUAAACCUGCAAAAUGCAGAAAGUAGGCUUUUAAGUAGCUUAAUAACCCAGAGUAAUAACAAUAGUACUGUAAUAAAACUUACAUAUAACUGAUAUUAAAUCCUUCUUAUAAGCUUGACUGCGUUUCAUGCCUAAUAAACUUAUUUUCCAGAAUGUCCCCCCUCUUUUAUUCAAGCAUAGCUACAUAUGAAUGUAUGUUAUUAUAAAUGCUGCUCAUCCAUUUUUAAUAACCCUGGCUACUAAGUCGUACUUUAUCUCCACAUUUCCAAGGGGCUCAGGUAAGCUGUUAAUUGUUAUACUGCAGAUUCAUUACCAGUAGUCCUUAUCCGUACGUUGUAUUUAGAUGAAGUGUGUUGUUUGAUGGAGGGUAAAUAUUUUGAUUUGCAAUCACGCCACUUCCACAGUAGCCUGGCAUUUCUAAGACGUCCGGCGACAUGUAUACUGUGCGGCUUGCAGUAACCGCGUCC